AAACUGAUACUCCGGCUGCGAGCCGGCAUGCGAUCUUGUGGUUUACACGAGGUUCGCCCAAAGUAUCGUGCACGCGAAGUUUGAAACGUAAUGUACUAGGAGUGCAGCAGUAGUUAUCACCAUGGCAAGAUCUUAGAAAUCGACGCAUCUACAAGUUCUUGCGUUCACUUUUCGCCUUCGUAAGUACGGCCUCAAGACAGAGAUGACCGUGGCCGAGUAUCUGUCGCAGCUUGGCACCAACCCAUACUUCGGGGCUGGCUUUGGGCUCUUUGGGGUGGGCGCAGCAGCGGCAGUACUACGGAAGGGAAUGCAGGUAGGCAUGGUGCUGUUUCGGCGCCACUACAUGAUCACUCUGGAGGUGCCCUGCCGGGACAAGAGCUACCAGUGGCUGCUGCAGUGGAUCACACGGCACGCUCGCCACACGCAGCACCUGAGCGUCGAGACCACCUUCCUGCAGCCCGAGGCGGGUGGCAGUGCUCGCACCUCCUUCGACUUCAUACCCAGCGUGGGCACCCACUUCUUUGCGUAUGGGGGCUCAUGGAUCCGAGUGGAACGCAGCCGGGAACAGCACACCCUGGACUUGCACAUGGGCGUGCCUUGGGAAACGGUGACGCUAACUGCCCUGGGCCGAGACCGGCAACUAUUCUUCCGCCUGCUCGAGGAAGCGCGUGCCCUAGCCCUGGAGAAGGAGGCCGGCCGAACAGUCGUCUACUGUGCCAUGGGCUCAGAGUGGCGGCCCUUUGGGCUGCCUCGGCAGCGAAGGCCCUUGGACUCGGUCAUCCUGGACGCCGGCAUAGCCGAGCGUCUGCUCGCUGACAUCCGGGAGUUCAUCGCCAACCCUCAGUGGUAUGCUGAACGAGGCAUCCCGUAUCGAAGAGGCUACCUGCUGUAUGGGCCCCCAGGCUGUGGCAAGAGCAGUUUCAUCACAGCUCUGGCGGGCGCCCUCGAGUACAGCAUCUGUGUACUCAACCUGAGUGAGCGGGGCCUCUCGGACGACCGGCUGCAGCACCUCAUGUCAGUGGCACCCCAGCAGAGCAUCAUUCUGCUCGAGGACAUCGAUGCCGCUUUUGUCAGCCGGGAGGAGAGCAGCACAGUGAAGGCAGCCUAUGAAGGGCUCAGCAGGGUGACGUUCAGCGGUCUGCUCAACAUGCUGGAUGGAGUGGCCUCUGCAGAGGCACGAAUCGUGUUCAUGACCACCAAUCAUCUGGACCGGUUGGACCCCGCCCUGAUCCGUCCCGGUCGCGUGGACGUGCGCGAGUUUGUGGGUCCUGCGAGUGACCACCAAUUGGCGGCGCUGUUCCGUCGCUUUUACCCUCAGGAAGGGGAGGCCGACGCCGGCGCCUUCGUCCAGGCCGUGCGGCAAGAGUUCGGCGAGACGCCCCUGAGCAUGGCGCUGGUGCAGGGAUACUUCCUCUUCCACAAGGACGAACCACGGUCGGCCAUCCGAGACGUCGCACAGAUGGCCAAGUUGUGACCAAGGCGCGGCCCAUUGGGCGCGCCACUGCAGUUGUACUAGUCUACACACGUGCGAAUAACAAUUUAUGCGGAAUCAAAGAGACUCAGAGUAACUUUGACUUUGGCCAACUAUAAAAGGCAGACGAGUCGACGUUUCCUUGGGAGAUGGAACAAAGACCCUGAGUACAAUUUCUGGAUUUUGUACUUCUUACUGAUUGCAGUAGUAAUCGGUUUUGGAGUAAUACAAUAGUAAAGGAAUUUUAUUAGUGGUG